AUGGUUUCCCUACACCCCCUCCUCGACAACGGCAUCACCAAAGGCGACCCCAACUUCUCCGGCGGCACUCUCUACUGCAAAUGCGCCACGGACCCCGUCGCCGUAACCCUAAGCUCCAACAUCGCCCACAACCACGCCUGCGGCUGCUCCAAGUGCUGGAAGCCCGCCGGCGCACUCUUCAGUAUCGUCGGCGUCGUGCCGCGGGACAACCUGUCAGUCACGGCCAACGAGUCCAAGCUCAGCAUCGUGGACCCCAAGGCCGCGAUCCAGCGCCACGCCUGCACUAGCUGCGGCACCCACCUGUACGGCCGCAUCGAGAUCGAUCACGCCUUCAAGGGCCUCGACUUCGUCCACGCUGAGCUCAGCCCCCAGAAGGGCUGGCAAGAGCCCCAGUUCGCCGCUUUCGUGUCCAGCAUCAUCGAGCAGGGCUUCGACCCGGCCAACAUAGCCGAGGUUAGGGAUAAGCUGCAUCAGGUUGGGCUCGAGACGUAUGAUUGUCUUUCGCCGGUGCUGAUGGACCUUAUUGCCGCAUAUACUGCUAAGAAGACCGGUGCCCUGAAAUGA